AUGUCGGGCGUGGGAGACGACAAAGUGCCAGGGCCUUCGACGGCGCAAGACGAUAUUGCACAUUCUUUGUGCAGUGAAGUUUCAAAAUUACGAUUGAAAGAUGCUCUCGUAUAUUACGAGCAAAUUCUUACACAAAAUAAUCUUGUGGCACCUACACCAUCGGAGGUAAUUACUGAACAGUAUUGGGCAAAAUUUAUUCGAAUGACGAAUAACGAAUAA